AUGCUGACCACUAUCGCCCAGUCUUUCCAGUCUUACGCCCUUCGCUUGGUACAAGACACUCUGAGGCGGAUUGCAGCCCCUGUGACACUAGUGGACCAUCUUGAUGGCAAGAAGCGUGUGUUGUACGACGACCCAACAAUACUGGGUGCCGAUAAAGCGGUCAUCACCGUCAAGCAUGUGAAUUUCUGGAGAAGAGUUCUACUAGAUUUUGACCUGGGAUUCGCAGAAGCCUUCAUACUCCAAGAGGUGGAAUGCGACCAACUAAAUAUAAUCUUUGACUUGUACAUUCAAAACCGCGCGACCCUCGAUGCCGGUGGUUCACCGUUUGAGCUCAUUCACCGAUUAGCCCAGUGGUGGAGACCGAAGAACAACAUCGACAAUGCGCGCACCAACAUCGCAUCCCAUUAUGACACUUCAAACGGGCUAUUUACCAGUUUCCUCUCAGCGGAUAUGAACUACUCCUGCGCGCAUUGGUCGAAUGAUGCCACGGAAUCGCUUCAAACAGCACAGCGACGAAAGGUACACUACAUGAUAAAAAAGGCUCGGGUGCAAUCUAACCACCACUUAUUGGACAUUGGUUGCGGAUGGGGAGACUUAAUCAUCGAAGCAGUGCGACUGACUGACUGCCAAGCGACCGGCUUGACGCUCUCGGAAGAGCAAAAAGGUUUGGCGGAUAAGCGGAUCCGUGACGCGGGCCUCCAGGACCGCAUUCGUGUCUUGUUGUGCGACUAUCGCAACGCCCCGCGGCCAGAAAUCGGAUAUGAUUGCAUCAUUUCAAUCGGGAUGUUCGAACAUGUGGGGUCGGAAUAUAUGGAUCAGUAUUUCGAAGUGGUUUCGGACUUACUCAAGCCUCAAAAUGGCGUGGUAGUGAUUGACGGGAUAACCAAGAUACAUCCAUUCCACGAGACUAAUCCCCGCGUGGGCGACUACAUCAAUCGCUACGUCUUCCCGGGCGGGUACCUCCCCACACCAAAUAUCCUCUUCGAGUCGCUGCAUCGAGGCAGCAAAGGCACCUUGGAAGUGUCCUCCGUUCUCAACACUGGCCCUCACUACGCCAAAACGCUCCUGGCUUGGAGGGAUAACUUUCUUUCCAACUGGGAUCACAUCCGAUCGGAUUUUUGCGCUCGAUAUCCUGAAGCCUCGCAGAUGGAAAUCGAAGCAUACCGACGGCGCUGGCUAUACUACUUUGAGUAUUGCGAAGCCGGGUUUCGGAAUCGCAUUUUGGGAAAUUAUACAAUUUGCGCGGUCCGCACUCCUGAGGCGGUCAUGGACUAUAACAACUUGAACAUCGACGAUGCGUAG